GAGCGCCUCUGUCGGAAAAAAAUGCAAACAGCUGUUGCUUGUUCAAAUAAGGAAAAACUCGUGAUUUUUUCUGCUUUAAUUUUCCCCAAUUUUCUCAUAUUCCAAAAGUUUUCCAGCAUGAGUGACGUGAAGAAAUACACAAUGGCCGAGGUGGCGGAGCAUAAUGACAAGAAAUCUCUCUGGAUCGUCAUCGAUAAAUCCGUGUACGACGUGACUAAAUUCCAGAACGAGCAUCCAGGUGGCGAGGAGAUUCUCCGGGAUGUAGCUGGUAAGGAUGCCUCGGAGGAUUUUGAGGAUGUUGGGCAUUCAGCUGAUGCGAGGAAGAUAAUGAAAAAGUACAAAAUUGGUGACCUGGCCUGAAGAGAAUCUCUCAUCUCCACACCACACGCACUGUCCACAUAAAGAGCUUUAACACGUGAAAUCUCGUCAUUCCUAAUGAAUUUAGCCACUCAAAGUGUGCCUUGUAGAAGCUGAUGCCUAGAAGUUGUAGAUUAGGUAGACUAAAGCGUCCCAGGGACUAAGAGAUUUUUUUUAAAUGUUCACAAGAAUGCUCAAAAAAUAUAUUUGUGUUUUUCUCUGUAAUAAAAAUGGCAUAAAAAUUGUAAUAAAAAAGUCAUUUCUGUGA